UGCCAAUUUUUGUGACAAGCUGGAAAUAGAGAAGUGAUUGGUAUAGACAUCUCUUCAUGUCAGGUGGUCUACAGAGACAGUGAAGUGUUCCAAAUGGUGAAGCAGUGAAUGAUACUGGCACAGGUGUAUUCUCCAGACAGACAUGUUUUGAUGUAUAUUGGAUGCCAGUACUGUGCUGGGGCUGAGGUUUCAGUGGUAAGAGGCAGCCUGAGAGGAGUAUUAAUGCAAACGUCCCAUAAUAAGGACAUGAGAAGCCUGGGAAAAUACUAUAUUGCUGCAUCCUAUGUAAAGUAUCUGGAGUCUGCAGGUGCAAGAGUUGUACCAAUAAGGCCUGAUCUUACAGCUGAAAAGUAUGAAAAGCUUUUCCAAUCUAUUAAUGGGAUCCUUUUCCCUGGAGGAAGCGUUAAUCUCAAGAAGUCAGGUUAUGCUCUCACGGCCAAAAAGUUUUACGACUUUGCCAAACAGAGUUUUGAUGACGGAGACUAUUUUCCUGUAUGGGGUACUUGCCUUGGAUUCGAAGAGCUCUCAUACCUGGUUAGUGGUGGAAAGUCCUUAUUAACUCUCACUCAUACUGAUGGAAUUACAAUGCCGCUGAACUUCACUAAAGGUGCAUCACAGAGCAGAAUGUUCCAGAAUUUUCCUGUUGACUUGUUGAAGUCAUUAUCAACGGAACCCCUGACUGCAAAUUUCCACAAGUGGAGCCUCUCCGUGACGAAUUUUACGAUGAAUGAAGAGUUAAAGAACUUUUUCAAUGUAUUAACUACAAAUACAGAUGGCAAGACUGAGUUUAUUUCAACCAUGGAAGGGUACAAGUAUCCAGUCUACGGUGUCCAGUGGCAUCCAGAGAAAGCACCUUAUGAGUGGGGGAAUUUAGAAGGCAUUUCCCAUGCACCUCAUGCUGUGAGGGCUGCGUUUUAUUUAGCUGAGUUCUUUGUUGCUGAAGCUCGGAAAAACAGUCAUCAAUUUGAAUCUGAGGUUGAAGAGAAUGAAGCACUGAUUUAUCAGUUCCGCCCAGUUUAUACUGGAAAUAUUUCUUCAUUUCAGCAAAGUUAUAUGUUUGAUUGAAAGCCUGCAACGUGUUAACAGAGAAAUUUUGAAUCAUUCCGUGAUUAAACUGUUGCAAUGACUUGCUACUGAUGGCACAGUGGAAAGCCACAGAGAUUCCUUUUCUAGGAUGUUGCUGGCUCUGAUUCUUCAUUCAGUGUCUUGGACUAUUUAUAUCACAUUUGGUAAUGAAUCAAUUUGAUAAUUAAAUAAUUGUGGUGUAUUUCCUGGAAAGCUCAAACCUGAAGAUUAGAACAAAACAAAUGUAUUGAAAAAUACAAGUUAUUUUUUUCACAUUGAUUGAUUGUGGAAAUAAAUGCCUUCCCCUAGCAAUCUA